CUUAAGCCUCGUCACUUCCAGCUUCCUACUUAUACUUUUCUCACAGACAAAAAUUAGGCGUUAUUAAAAGGCGUUAUAAUGCACUUGUUGGGAGAGAAUAACAAGGACGAUAGUAAAAGAUGGAUAUGCGAGACAACUUUCUAUAGAAUUUUAUCUUUUGACCGCCUCACCUAGUAUCCGCUUUAUUGUUUGCCGGUCCACCCACGCAAUGAUGAGAUCCUGCCGAUGGUAAUAAUAGUCAUCGUUUUGAAAACCAAUGCAAUUACCUCUAAUUGUUUUUCUAUUAGUAGCGAUUGUCAAGAACUAUAAAGCUAUGCCGAGAUUGAUAAUAUUAGUAAAUCAAAUACAAACAAUGUCAUCUUAUACCUAAAACGAAAUACCUAUUUUUUUUCUUGCAAAAUUAAAACUAUACUUUAGAUUAAUUUCAGUAAAUCUUCUUUGUCAUAUAUAUAUAUAUAUAUAUAAAUUAUGCAAAAUUAUUUUUAAAAGCUCCAGUUACAUCUUUCUUAACAAUAAAUACAGGAAAAGGUAAGUCAACCUUUUUCGAUGAAUCACUAAACAUGUAUUAUAACGGGAAAGUCUGGAAUCGCCUAUAAGCUAUAGAAAUUCUUGCUAACUGUUUAUACAACGCAAGUAGCAUUGAGGAAGCGACUGCUGAUGAAAAAUAAAGACCCAUCCAGACUAGAUGGAGGCGCGCCUCACUUUGCCUCAUCGCUGCGACGUACCAGUAGUACCAGUUUUACAAGCGUUCGCGUUAAGAAGAGGCACACUAAAAAAAUUUCUUAUAAAAAAUAUAUUAACUUAUAAAAUCAUAUAUAAGAUAUAUAAGAUGUAGUAUUGUAUAAUCAUGUGUUAUUAGAUAUAUUGAAAUAUAGGUAAUUAAUUAAUGUUACAUAUAACGCAAUGAAUAAAUCAUCAACAAUAUUGUUACAAAAUAUUUAAUUUAGCAAACCAUUGUAAAUGGAAACACAUCCUCUGAUAGAAAUUUUUUAUUUUAUAUUUUUCUAUUUUAUAUUUUUCUUUCCUACUUUUCUAAAAUUAUCCUAAGGAAAAUGUAACGGAUAGUCUCUUCCAUCCAUCGUCUUCAUUUCAUUCUUUUAAUAUUUCUACAAUGCGGUAUACAGUGCACGAUUUAAAAAGAAUUGUGGGGGUGGCUUCAGCUAACGAGCUCAUUAUUACUUUUCAGCAAUCUAUUACUACGCCCUUGAAUAUGAGAGAUGAGCAAAAGAAAAAUGAGAGGUCUCAUCGAGGCCGACGAUCGAGGUCGAGUUUUAGACGCGCGUGACGUCUAAAUGAAUGGUACCGUUGCUCAGGACUCAACCAAGAGGAAAGGGAAGGACACGCGUAGCGAACCGCAAUCUCGUGCUUCUUCCUCGGUCAUUUGUGAAGCCUGCAUCGGAACGAGCUAUCCGUAGCGAGAACAGACGGCUAUACUGACCCACUCUCACUCUCACCUUUCUCUUUCCCUCUGUCUCUCUCUUUAGAUUUUCUCCUCUCAAGAGCGUCUACAUCUCCUCGUGCUCACACGAGACGAAAUGAUAAGUGUAUUUAAAAAAAUUUUUUAUCACAGAUAUAUUUAUAACAAUAUAUUAUAUUAUAUAUAUUUAUGACAAUGGUUCGUUAAAACUGAUUGAAGUUUGAACAGUCGCUUCGAGAAGAAACAAUAUUCUUCUUUUAUAGGAAUUUUCAAGUCGAUAUUAUUUUAAUAUUUUCUUCAUUAUAUUUUUUUAUAUUUUAUGUUUCUAAUAGUAGAAUAAAUUUUACAUUUGAAUCUAUCUACUUAAAAAUAAAGUAAUAGAAAAAGAUGCGUUGCAAGAUUCGUGUGUUACGUACAAUAUAUGGUGUUGGUCGUCGCGGUUCCUUGCGUUUGGUAUGGGAUUCUGGAUGAGCUCCCAAAAUGUUAUGCUCGUGGAUUCUGUACACGUCCGCAGCGCUACUUUUACGAUCGCGAAAUCACUACACUCGCGAUAUUCAAACUAAACGUUAAUUUAUCUGCUUCCUUUACAAGAUUUAAUAACUACACGUCCGUUCGGCUGAGAAGUCCAAUAAAGUCUGAUUUCUAGCUAUUUUUCCAUACGUAUAUAUGUCUACGUAUUUUCCAUCAAAAACAUGAAGUGUCUGCUUUUUCCUUUUGUCUUUUUCUUAUUUAUAGAACUUGAACUUAAUGUAGAACGCCUUGAACGUAUCUCAACAUAAGCGAUCAAGCAACUUUUUUAUUUAUCCAUGUACCCAUGAAUAAUUCCAUUUCGCGGAACUUUGGACACUAAGAACAUAUUUAUCAUUAGUAAUAUUUAUUUAUUAAGAUGAAGCACAUGUAAAAACAGUACAUCAACAGAAGAAUGUCGCGUACUUGAGAUUACAUUUGCGACUUCCAUUGCAGCUUGUCAAUAAAUUUUAUUAGCAAUCUUCGAAUACGUUAAAAAUCAGAUUGACACUCUAAAUAUGCUUUCUGCGUGCAGCAUCUUCAACUGCAUCGUGUAAAUAACACAUUUAGGCCGAACAGUAAGCUAUUACGCAAUUCGCGAAAAGCAAUUGCCGCAAGUACAAGCGGAUGAUGAUAUUUACAAUUGGACUAGAUCGCACCGUAAACGAUAGCUGAUUGAUUAAUUGCCGUGGUUCAUCCGCGGUGCAAAGGGAUGCUGCAAACGCUAUCACAUCAGUUGACCAUGUCCGCCAAGAUGAAGAACACACUUCUGGUAACUUUGCUUCACCUGUGUUGGAAUUCUCUCCCGGAAGUAUGUUCCUCGAGGUAAAUGACUUCUGAAGAAGUCAACAAUUGCAGUAUGUCGUCAAGACUAAUUCUGCCAGAACAUUACGUGAAAGAAAUUAGACCGCCAUCGGAAAAGGGUGCACCUGUAAUUGUGAAUUUCAACAUUUUGGUAGUUGACAUUAAUUCUAUUAACGUUGAAGAUAUGGAUUUCCGCGUGGACAUGUUCGUUAGCCAAAGUUGGAUAGAAUCUCGACUCGAUAUGCCCGAAAACAUGUUCGAGGAGGACGACGAUUAUGUUAUACUUCCGUCGGAAGUUUUCGAUAAUCUUUGGCAGCCCGACCCGUAUUUUCUAAACUCGAAAGUUUCCGAGAUUGCGACAUUAAGCCAUAAAUUUUCAUUGGUCACAUUGUACCGGAAUAAAACUAUUAAAUAUUCUGCACGUAUUAACGCUAUUGUCGCCUGUCAAAUGGAAUUUCAAUCGUAUCCGAUGGAUACACAAAUUUGUCCGAUUUACAUAGAGAGCUUUUCGUACAACAGAAAAAAGUUGCGCUUAAAGUGGGGCGCAGGAAGUGUCACGGUAAACCCUGAAUUAAAACUUUUGCAAUACGACAUAGGGAAACCAGCGGUACUUGAAGAAACCAUAGAUUACAUGCUCGAAAAAAAUGGAAACUUUUCAAGAUUAGUAGUCUUCUUUCGCUUCGAAAGGCAGAUCGGUCACCAUUUGAUACAAACAUUUGCGCCGUCGACUCUGGUGGUGAUGCUGUCUUGGUUCAGCUUCUGGCUCGGCUUGGAUGCAAUUCCUGGUCGAGUGGCUCUCCUGGUGACGAGCAUGCUUACACUGGUGACGAUGUUCACCGGUCUGAAGAGCGAUAUUCCACCGGUAGCAUACAUCAAAGCACUGGAUGUCUGGAUGGCUGGCUGUAUGAUGUUCGUGUUCGCAGCCCUGGGUGAAUUCGUCGUGGUCAAAGUGCUCGAUUUGCGACACGUAGAAAAUGACUCGCAAGGUUCUAUAGGAUCUCGUUCAUUCUCGCGAUUGAUGGCACUGGAGAAAAAACAAAGCGUCUGGGACGAAGAGUUUACUUAUGCGACUAAACUGAAGAAUAAACGGAUCAGCAGCAAACAUUUACUGCCAACUUUAUGGCUAGAUCCCGAAUGUCAAAUAACGCAAUCGCGUAAAACACGUUCUCAAAAAAUAGAUUGUUACAGCAGAAUUGUGUUUCCUAUACUCUUUCUACUCUUUGUCGUGUUAUAUUGGCCGAUAGUAUUGUUCAAGAAAGCGCCAUGAUAAAAUAACGUAAAUUCUGAUUAAUAAUUAAAAUUAACAUUCCGUAUAUAAUAUCACACGUAACAAUAUUUCUUUCAUAUUUACUAAAAUAUGUAAAUUAUUGACGAAACGCUAAAUAAGAAAUGUAAAUGAAUUUGCAUGACGUAGAGGUGGAAUAUAUACCUUUUUCCAGCA